AUGAAUAAUCCAACUAAUAACUUUACCAAUCCAUCUUCUCCCGCUAUAUCAAUCACUUCAGCUUCAAACAGUAGUAAUAAUAGUAAUAACAAUAAUAAUCAUCCAUUCAAAUCAAGAAGUAGAGCAGGAACUUUACCUUCCUCAUUCAUAAACACUCCUACUAAGAAUAUCACUCCUUUACAAAAUAUACCAUCAUCAUCAAUUAAUGCACCCAUUUCAAUCUCAAAUUCAAAUUCUCCUUUGGUUACCAGUAAUCAAAAUUAUGAAGGCUUAAAUUUACCAAAUACUAUGGAUUCAAUCUCUUUAGGGAUUUCGCCAUCUCCUUCAUCCCAUGCUAUUGAUAUUCCCAAUGUAAAUAAUAAUUCCAUCCUUUCAAAUGUAAAUACCUCCAAUAAUACAACUUCUAUAAAUCCAAAUUUUUCAAUUCCAAAUACUAAUUCAAGAAGAAUGAGAUCAGGUUCGUUGUUUUCAACAAAUUCAAUCUGGAAUGAUGAUAAUUUAUCCGUUCAUUCUUCUUCUCAACAUAGUACUGGGUUAUUGGAUACUACAAGUUUACAUUCAUUUGAUAAUAAUUUAAUUGUUCCUACUAUAACUGGUGGUUCAAAUUCUACUUCAAAUAAUAAUAAUAACACUGCUACUACACCUACUAAUAUCAAUCCUCCACCGAUUACAAAUGCUCAAAAUUCAACCUUGACUACUAAUGGAUCUAUGAAUACUUCAAAUACAGCUUAUUCUUCAGCUCCAAGAAAUAGAUCGUAUACUACCACUGCAACUAUUCCAAAUUUAAAUCUUUUACCAAUUUCAAAUUAUAUUAAUGAAUCUCCUCAACUUUCAUCAAAUAGUAAUAAUAACACCACUAGUAAUGGAAAUGGAAAUGGGAAUGGUAUUAAUAGAUCACCUUUUAUGGGUGGUGUUUCAUCAAAGACUAAUGAUAUGAAUUUCUUAUUGGAUAAUUUAAUGCUUAAUCAACCGACUCCUACUUCAAGUGCAGCUUCAAAUAAUCCAAGACAUAGAUCUCAAACUUAUUCAGGUUCAACUCCAAGUAUUCCUGAAUCAAGUUUAAAUCAAUCUCAUCUGAAUAUGUAUGCCAACCAACAACAACAACCUCAACAACAACAACAACAAUAUCUUUCUCAACAGCAAUACCAACAACAGCCGCAACAGCCGCAACAACAACAACAACAACAACAACAACAACAACAACAGUUUCAACAACCUCAAGAUAUACACUAUGAUCAACAACCUGUCUUGUUGGAUGAUUUUGAUUUCUCCCAAAUCAUCGUUAAUACCAAUUUUGAAAAUCCAAAUCUCGGACCUACGAAAUUCUUAUUGAUUGAUAAUUUACCAUCCUUCAUUGAUUCUAUAAAGCUUUGGAAUAUUUUAAAUAAUUCAAUGAAUGCGAAUCAACGUUCAUCUUUGGGGAAUAUUAGAAGUGUAAGAAUUGCCAGUACUACUAAUUCCAAACAUGCUUUAAUUGAAUGUGGGAAUAUUGAUAUUUCCAUGAGAUUAAAAGCUAGUUUUACUCAUUUGGAAAUCGUCCCUGGCAUUAUCUUAUAUGUUGCAUUUGCAAAGAUUAUUGAAGAAAACGAUAAUACUAAUGUGGUGAGUGCUGGUGGUGAUGGAUCUAAUGCUACUUCUGUAAUUACUCCUACUUCAGGAAAUGAAACUAAUAGUGGGAUUUCGAAUGGUGUUAGUUCAGGAACUAAAUCAAAUAUCAUUGUAAAUGAUUCAAUUAAACCUUCACCAACUGAUCUUUUAUCAAUUCAACAAAAUUUAAUGAAAUCAAUUACGAAAUUAACUAGCAAAUCAAAUUAUGUUGAUAUUAAUAAAAUCAUCUCCAUUAUAAAUAAAUCAUUAUCUUAUCCUCGAGAAAAUUAUCAAAAUAAUUUCGGACCUUUACCUGAUCCAAUUCCAUUGAGACAAUUCGAUUCACCAAAAUUAAGAGAAUUAAGAAAAAUUUUAGAAAAUAAUGAAAAUGCCUUAAAUAAUACUAAUCGUUCACCAUCUCCAAGACCAUCUCCAAUCACCAAUAAUAAUGGCGGUAAUAGUUCAAAUGAUGAUGGUGAAGGUGAUGAAGAUUCAUUAGAAAAUUCAAAUAAAAUCUUAUCCCAAUUUGAAUUAGAAGAACUUUGUCUUGCCAUGUUGGAUGAAUUACCCGAAUUAUGUUAUGAUUAUUUAGGUAAUACCAUUGUUCAAAAAUUAUUUUCUCUUGUCGAAUCUCCUUUAAUUAGAUUAAUGAUGGUUAAAGAAAUUGCACCAUUUUUAACUCAAUUAAGUAUUCAUAAAAAUGGUACUUGGGCCAUUCAAAAAAUCAUUAAUGUAUGUCAACAAGAUGAUUUACAACAAAAGUAUCUUAUUGGCGCUAGUUUAAAACCAUAUGCCGUUAAAUUAUUCAAUGAUCAAUUUGGGAAUUAUGUUUUACAAGGAUGUACCAAAUUUGGAUCACCAUUUAAUGACUUUAUAUUUGAAGUUAUGUUAGACAAUUUUAUGGAAAUUAGUUUUGGAAGAUUUGGAGCUAGAAGUAUUCGGACUAUACUUGAAACUGCUAAUGAUAAUAAUUUCAUUACUAAUGAACAAAUUGUUUUGGUAGCUUCUUUAGUGGUUGAAUUUGCUAAUGAAUUGGUGAUUAAUAAUAAUGGUUCAUUAUUGAUUACGUGGUUUUUAGAUACAUUCAAUGAUAAAGGUGCAACUAUUGAUGAUCGUUAUCUGUUAUUAACCAAUAAAUUCUUACCUAAUUUAGAAGCAUUAUGUACUCAUAAAUUAGCCAAUUUAACUAUAUUGAAAAUCUUGAAUAAUAGAGCUGAUUUAAAUCUGAAACAAUUGAUUAUGGAUACUAUCUUUGAUAAAUUUCAAGACCAUGAAUUUGAUCAACAUGAUGAUAAUAAUAAUAAUGGUGGAGAAAAAUCAAAACUUUUAGAAUUAAUCUUGAUGGAAAAUCAUGAACAUUCAGCUGGUCCAUUGUUUAUAUAUAAGAUUUUAACUAAUCCUUUCUUAUUAACUUUGAAUGAUGGUGAAUCAUCAGAUAGUAAUUUGAAUGCUAAAUAUCAACAAUUCAUCGUAUCUCAAAUCAGAAGAAUUCUUUUGGAAUUGAAUAUUACUAAUUUCCAACCUUAUAAGAAAUUAAUGGAUGAAGUUGGAUUAUCAUCAAGUAGAUUAAAUCGUUCGAAUUCAUCAAAUGGUAGAAGAAAGAGAAAUCCAAAUGGUGGUGGUAGAUCCCAACAACAUAAUAAUAAUAAUAGCAAUCAACAUCAUAACCAUCAACAGCAACAGCAGCAACAACAACAACAACAAUAUGGUCAGCAGAAGAAUAUUAUGGAUCAUAGUCAACCUAUCAUGGGUGCUUAUGGUGUUCCUCAAUAUUACAUGACACCUCAAUCAUAUCAACCACAACAACAACAAUCACAGCCACCUCAACAACAGCAACAACCACAACAACAAGGUGGAUAUUCCAUGAUGAUGGCUAACCAAUAUAUGAUGAACCCACAAGGUAAUUAUCAAGGUAAUCAACCCCAAUUGUAUCAACCUCAAAGUCAAUAUCAAUAUCAGCAAGAUGUGUAUCCCCAACAAAUGCAACAGCAACAGCAACAACAAUUCCAACAACAGCAACAACAACAGCAACAACAACAGGAUAUGGCUGUGAUGCAACAAUUGGAGCAAUUGUCGUUAAGUUCCGCUGCCUUAGGGUAUAAUUCUAAUCCUGGAACUCCAGGUGGAUCCUCUGGUCAAAAUCAAAAGAGUCUGUUUUUCUAGACAUGCAUUCAUGAUUUAAGUUUCUAUUACCAUUACUUUUUAUUUAUUACUAUUUAUACUACAUUGAAUCGAAUCAUUCCAUUGACUGAGUUAAGUUAUGAUUAUUAUCUCAUGGUUUCUGAUGGGGUUUGGUUUGAUUAAUUGAUCAUUCUUAUAUCUUCUUCUUCUUCUUCUUCUUCUUCUUCUU